AUGAACAGUCAUUACCUCCAGUGCGGGCACGUCGAGACCAAGCUCACCCCUUGCCCCUCGUAUCGCAAGCAGAAGAGCUCCGCAAGGGGAUUCUGGGGGUCUCUGUUCAAGGGCAACACCAAGAGCAAAAAGCACUGUGGAAAGCUCAUCCCCCAUCCCCUCGAGCAGGACGGAUACUGCCAGGACUGCGCUAUCAGGUGGAACGAGGGCCUGCAGACCCAGUACGUCGGUGAGGGGGCCUUCCGCGUCCACAAAACCGCCAUGGAAGACAGCUUUCGUGACGAGCGCAAGCACGCCGCCAAGAAGUCGCUGAAGAAGUCGGAGCGACAACAUCGCGACGGCCAUAAAGGAAGACACCACCACGAGGUCAUCAACGCCAAACCCAGCGUCUGGCUCCCGGAGCUCUAUCACCAUCCCGAAACGCUGGCGAGAAGGGAAGAAUACGCCCGUGCCCCUGCCGCCGCGCCACCCGUGUCGUCUCGAUCGCACAAAUCGUCACGCCAACACCAUUCGUCCCGGACUCACGAGCCACGAACGGUCUACCGGGAGUCCAAGCGGGAAAGGAAUCUGAAGCGGAACUACGACUAUGUCAGCCACGAGAGCGCUCCGGGAACGCUGUCCGUCUCGGCCGGUCGAACGCCGGCCUUUGGUGGCUCGCAGCCUCUGAUGAGGCCCGCCGAGCCAGCACCGACGCACCUGUAUGCCGGUCGAUUCGGCGCAGCGAAUGCAGCAGCAUUACCGCCAGCGUACGGACUGCCACCGAUGCCGUACAAGCCCGCCAGGCCUCCGAGACCUGACGAAUACGAAUCAUCGUCAUCGGACGAGUACACCGUCCCCGAACCAGCAUAUCAGGUGUAUCUCAACGCCAUGGCAGCCAGUACCCCCACACAUGCUGAGAAGGUCGCCGCCAUGAUGAAGCGGCACGCUGCCGCUGAGAAAGCAGCUCCAACGGGCCCGCCCAGAGAUGCCGACGGAAACAUCGACACGCGACUCGACCCUCGCUGGCGGUACUACCAGGAACCCAAGAAGUCCAGAUUCCAUACCCUCGCCGGGAUGGCCAGAGGCAACCCGUCCCCAGCCUCCACCGAUGACGGAUCCGACGUGUCCUUUUACUGCUCAGGUGAUCUGGCCAGCCGUCAGACCGCAGCGUUGGCGAGACACGGUGGUCGUAGGUAG